CAGGAUAAAUCAGAUAAAGGAAUCAUGGAGGACCAUGCCUUUGAGGCGCUUGAACGGGACUUUGAAGAAGUCCUUUCUGAACUUAUGGGAGAAAAGGGACUUGAAAAGUUUCGCACUGAGUAUGAAAAGCUGCAUCGCGCCCUCAAAAAAUCCCAUGAAAAUGAGAUACGCCUGAUGGCAAAAUGCAAGGACCUCAAUGCCGAGAUUGUUGCAAAUUCAACAAAGGUGACAACUGCCCUGAAGCUCUCGCAAGAUGACCAGUCAACUAUAGAUUCCCUAAAGCAGGAGAUUGAAAAAGCAUGGAAAAUGGUUGAUUCAGCUCUUGAACAGGAAAAGCGAGGAAAGGAAACCAUUCGCUCUCUAAAACAGGAAAUUAGUAAUCUAACCAGGCUGGUGGAGCAAGGCGCAGGACUUUCUUUGGGCCAAGAGAGCAGUGUUAAUGAUAUGCUAAAAAUCCAAGAACAGCUGACCAAAGAUAGAGAUGAACUACUCAAAGAGGUUGUCACCUUACGUGAGAAAGUCACGGAGAUGGUAGCCAAGGAGGAAGAGCAUGAACGUCUUAAAGAUGAGGCUGAUCAGAACACGGCCCAGCUUGAACAUGACAUACAAAUGCGAGAGAAUGAAAUUGCCCGUGAGAUGCGGCGGAAGGAGAAGCUGCAGAAGGAACUCACCCGCUUGAAGGGAGAGCUGGAAGAUAAUCAAUCUGAGAUCAAAUCACUGGUGGCUCAACAACAAAAGGCCAAAGAUGACUAUCAGAAAUUAGAUCUGCAGCUCAAGGAACAAAAGAUUUUGAAUGAAAGGGCUUCAAAGGAUUUGGAGCUACUUCACCACAAGGUCAUCAAGCUGCAGCAGGAGAAUGAGCAACAAGCUGUAAUCACUGACCAACUGACCCAUGAAAACCAACAGAAAAUGAUAGAUCUUAAAUCCAAAGAGGAAGAUGUGAAUCAGUUGCGUCAUGAUGUCGUUAAGUUGACAAAGGUGAGAGAGGUGUUGCAGCGGAGAUUGCAUCAGACUGAGGAUCAGAAACUGGAGCUUGACCACCAGCGGGAAACUUUGAAGAACCUCACUGUUUCCAUGGAGAAAGAACUGGAGUCUACUAAAAGGCAGGCAGAGCUUGACAAAAAAGCAAUUGAUGAACUGGUGAGAGAACGAGACAUUUUGAACAAGAACAUGCUGAAGGCAGUUAGUGCAACUGAGAAGCAAUCAAACUUGGUCAAACUACAUGAGCAAUCCAAAAAGGUCCUUGAACAGGAAAUUCAAAAUUAUAACAAUGAGGCGCAGAAACAGCGGAAAAUUAUCUACCAUCUGGAAAAAGAAAGGGACCGAUACAUCAACGAAGCCAGUGAUCUUACACAGAAGGUUCUUCAGUAUAUGGAGGACAUUAAGGUGUAUGAGAUGCAGAAUUUUGACUUCAAGAAGAAAAUCUCAGAGGCUGACAGUAAGCUGAGACAACAACAGAACCUCUAUGAGGCUGUGCGAUCUGACAGAAACCUUUACAGCAAGAACUUGAUUGAAGCUCAGGAUGAGAUAGCUGAAAUGAAACGAAAGCUGAAAAUCAUGAACCACCACAUCGACCAGCUGAAGGAUGAGAUCUGUGCAAAAGAGGCUGCCCUUUUGAAGCAACACUUGGAAUAUCAGCGUAUGGAGAAGGAGAAGGAUACACUAAAGGUUGAACUGCAGAAGAUGAAACAACAGGCCCAGGACACCAGGAUUUUCAUUGAAAACCAGGAAACAGAGGAAAGAAAGCUGCUGCGAAUUAUUGAUGAGGCUGACACAGAGAGGAUUCGACAAAAGAAGGAGCUGGACCAGGUUAUUAGCGAGAGAGACAUUUUAGGCACCCAGUUGGUACGCCGUAAUGAUGAGCUGGCAUUGUUGUAUGAGAAGAUCAAGAUUCAGCACUCCAUGCUAAAUAAAGGCGAGAUACAAUACAGGCAACGUGUGCAUGAUAUCCGACUGCUCCGUAUGGAGAUCAAAAAACUCAGAAGGGAGAAGCACCUCCUCAGCAAGACUGUAUCUAAUCUGGAGGACCUCAGGCGUGAGAUUUACCACGUCCAGAAAGAACUCCUAAAGGAACGGACACGGUGCAGGGCCCUCGAGGAGGAGUUGGAAAAUCCUAUGAAUGUUCACAGGUGGCGAAAGCUUGAGGCGAGUGAUCCAAGCAGAUAUGAGCUGAUUCUAAAGGUUCAGACAUUACAGAAACGUCUGAUCUCUAAGACUGAGGAGGUGGUGGAGAAAGAGCUGCUUUUACAGGAAAAAGAGAAGCUCUAUGUGGAGCUGAAACACAUCUUGGCACGACAGCCUGGACCAGAAGCUGCUGAACAGCUAAUGAUGUAUCAGAGGACACUGCGAGAUAAGACUAAACAACUGAAGGCCUUGACCUCAGAGUUGAACAUGUUUGAAUCACAGAGUCAGGAGUACAAGUAUGAGAUUGAACGACUAGCCCAGGAACUGCAGAAUAUAAAAAAGAAGUAUCACAAUCAGAAACGCAAGGAACAGCUGGCUAAUGAGAGACAAAGAGCCUUGGAGCAGGAGGAACAGCCUUUAAUUCACCCUCAGAGGACAAGCUAUCCCCACUUCACAGGGGGAGGCUUCAAUCUUAAACCACAAACCAAGGUCUCAGCUUGAAUAUUCACUGCGCAGCAUUCUCCAUCUGCCGCUGAUCCCUUUACAUCAAACAAGAUUUUUAUUUCACUUAUUAUUGUAGAAACUGUUGAACUCAGCCAAGAAUAACAGAGUGGAACAAUAUGAUUUUCAUGCUGCUUAAUUUUAUUUUGGCAUUUCAAAUGCCCCAGUUCA